GUCCCCAGAGAACUGCGGUGUGCGGAAAAGGAACAACUUGGCGCGUUGCGGGAGGAGGCGAGUGAUUUUGUUUGGAGCUGCUGCUGAUCCUCCUCGUCCUCGUCCUGUGAGUAAUCGCCCAUGUUCUCCCACCGUGGGAGCUACAGCUGUGGGGCCCCUCGCUGAGCAUGUUGCAAGGAGCCACUACGAUCGCUCUUCGCUAUUGUAGUGCAUAGCUCGUGCCGGUGCUCGUAGUUUGAUUCUCCUCUCUCGUCCUGGGAACGGUGGAGUCUCGAGCAUUCAUCUUCUCACUGCGCAGCAAGAUGUGCUACUGGACUCUGAAGUAAAUGCGACCAAAGCAACCGAAGCCGGUGAGUGGAUGAGGUGCAAUCGGCAGGGUCGGUGGAGGGUGGACUGCGCACGGACUGUUAUUGCAAUGUGGGCGUGAGGACAGUCAUAGCCAGAGACGGCCGGACCAGAUCGAUAUUACUUCUUAUUGUAGCGACUCCAGCAUCACCUCGAGAGUGUUGAGAGGAGUGCGACUGUGGGGCGACGAGAGUUACGGGCCUUGUUCGGAGACCAUUCUUCGGAUGUACCGGCGCUUGAAACGAGCAGGUUGCUGCUUUAUCAGCUUUUUGAUUGUCUGUCGAAUGUGGCCGGGAAGCCGCAUUGCGUAGAUGUGCUGGGAUUGACUCGUUCAUUACACAUACGCAGCUGAGGCUGUCACGAACGACCUGCCGGCCAGCAAAGUUUCAAGCCUUUUAGGAAAUCGAUAUCCUGGCUGCGUGCGAGCGGGAGAGCUCCAGGUUUGAAGCGGAGGUGAUCUGAGCUGCCUUGGUGUUGAGGUUUUGCUCGGAGUCUGAAGCGAGGCAUACUGGUGUAUGCAGGAUGCGUGAGCAGCUUUUGUGGAGAAUUUGCUCCGGUCGUCAGAAUUAACGGGCAUAGGUGAAGUAGUACAUGAGGUGGAUGGGUAGUAGAUCGGUAGUUUGAAAUUUAGAGGAUUGUGGCGAAUGGUGCAGACAUGGAUGGAUUGCUGUUGGAGCAAAGUUUCAUACAGGUCUCGAUAGAGCCGUCACAUUUGGUUUCUGCCUGGACAUCGAGGCUCUAGUUCUCACUCACCUCUAUCGUGGUGGAGAACGAGUGAUUCACAGGUAGGCUGGCGGCAGGAAAUAUGGGUCCACGAGUUUCAGCGAUGCUUCUCCCAGUAGUGCUCGCACUGGUUUGGUCAGUUUCAGCGCAAGCCCCAGCUCCAACGGAAGUGCGCAUUGCCUGUGGGACCAAGGAAAAAUAUCAAACACCCGAGCGCCUCUGGGACAAGGAUUGGGGCUACACAGGAGGAAGUGUUGGGAACCUGACCGCUGAGAAGCAAAGAGAUUCGGAUUUCACGCAUCUGAGGUAUUGGACGAUGACCGAUGGACCCAACAACUGUUACAACAUUACAGUUCCCAAUGGGCAUUACGUCUUCAGAUUCUUUUUCAGCUUUGGACAAGCGGAUAACUCCAACCGGGAACCGCAAUUCGAUGUUUCUCUUGAAGGGACUCUAGCAUACUCUCUGAAGCCUGCUUGGAGCAACACGGAUGACACAUCAUACGCGGAUUCUUUACUGUUCGUCGAUGAUGGGACGGCGACCGCUUGUUUUCACAGUACAGGUCAUGGCAAUCCUGCCGUAGUUACCAUCGAAAUUUUGCAGCUGUACGAGGAUGCCUACGACCUAGGAUUUGGACAUUGGAAUCACCACUAUCUGCUGAACGCCAUGUCUAGGGUGAGUUGUGGGGCAGGAAAAGAUGCUUACGGAACCACUUUGGGUGCUGAUCCAUGGGGAGGAGAUCGGUAUUGGUCUCGGGAUGUGUAUAAGUAUGAGGGGGACAAUAUUGCCACAGUAGAAACUACUCAGCCGAUUAGGAAUGUAAACAUCCGCCCACAAUUUUAUCCGGAGGCGAUUUAUCAGGGUGCCACCAUUACCAAAUUCGGAGGUUCUGUUUCGUACGCUUUCCCUAUCGAGCCGAGCCAAAAUUACUCAAUCUGGCUUCAUUUUGCCGAGAUUGGUGACCUAGGCAUCACAGCCCCUGGGCAAAGAGUCUUUGAUGUUCUCUACAACGACGAAGUUCUCUUUCCAGAUGUUGAUAUUUAUGCUUUAGCAGGUGGACCGAAUGCCGCGGUUGUCUUGAACAAAACUCUGUUAGUUGAUGGAAAAGCAUUGACAUUAAAGUUCAAACCAAAAGUUGGUGAUAUCCUCGUGUGCGCUAUUGAGGUUUACCAGGUUGUCGAGCGUGAGUUCCCCACGAAAGCCUCAGACGUAUGGGCGUUGAAGGCUUUGAAGUAUCCCAUGGGCAUCCCUCCACGCAUGGGCUGGAUCGGUGAUCCAUGUGUUCCCCAGGAACAUCCUUGGGAUGGAAUUGCGUGUAGACUCGACUAUGGGCAAAAGUCGAGGUUGAUAACUGGACUAGAGCUUCAAAAUGAGGGACUCAGGGGUAUCCUCACUAAUGACAUUUCGCAGCUAGUUUACUUAGAUCACAUAAACUUGAACGACAAUUCAAUUUCAGGUCCAAUACCUGCGUCGAUCGGCAAUCUUAAUAGCCUUACCCGGCUGGACUUGGCCAAUAACAAGUUUAACGGAACUAUUCCUGAAGCUCUCGGACGGUUGGAUAAACUGACGGAAUUGUACUUACAAAACAACGAGCUGACAGGAAGGGUUCCUGCCACCCUUGCUGCCGGACCUGUUCGAGGAGCAAGCUUCAACUUCGUAGGAAAUCCUGAUCUGUGCGGGAUACCAGGACUGAAAGCAUGCAAACGGCUGUCAGCCGGUGCCAUCUUCGGAAUCAUCAUCGGAGUGCUACUCGGAAGUGGGUUCUUGGUUCUCUGCGGUGUAGUGGUUUGGAAGAGACGAGAGAACAUAGCUCGAGCUCACAAGAUCAUGAGUCCACCUAAGGCUCCUUAUGCGGCAGCCAGAACUAGUGCUAUCGAGAAAAACGUCCAACUGUCUAGAUAUACUUCAUUUGAAGAAAAAGUGUAACAGGCUGCUAUUAGUAAUAUAGAGGCCCACAACUAGUUUACCUACUUACUGACAAUGCUGACAGCGAGCCGGAUUGCUAAUAUGAUGUUUGACCAUGUGCAGCUCGUGAGGCUCCAUAUGCGGCAUCCCACACCAGAGCAAAUGCUCCAGUGAAAGACGUACAGCUUUCUAGAUUUGGUUCUUUCACUGAGCAGAGACUAAUGUCGGUCUCUGGUGGGAGUGCUCCUCAAAGUCCCAAAGUGUGAAGAUGUGAGGCCCCCUCCCCCUUACUGCUGCAGUUGUUUUCUAGGACUGACUUGACUGGCCUUUCUUGACUGGAGCCACCGGAUUCGUUUCUCAUAUACAUAUCACUCGAGAUGGUUGUGCAAAUCAAGAAAGGGCGAUGGAUGCAGAGAAAGCGCACGUCUCCGCACUCUGCUACAUAGCAAUUGAGUCAGACUCGUAUCUUCUGGAGGAGAACAGGCUACUCUGUGAUAUACAGUUCUCGGGCUGAACCACAUUUGUAACACGUUAUACUUCUAGCGCAUGUGGACCUUAAUCAGCCGUCUUCAGGCUGAGAAUGAAACAGUGCGAUAGUUUUAUCAAUACCUGUGGGCACCAGUUUCCCACAGAAUCCAUGUAAGCGAUGCCCUCGCCGCUUGUCCAAACGGAAGAUCGAACCUAUUUCAAAGUUGUCUCC